CGUUGAGAAGGUAAACAAGGGAUGAUUGAGCAAAAUGUCAAACAAAUUUCCGUGUCAUUUGUGUCAAAAUGUUUGCACUCAGCUCGAAAAAUGUCUUGAUUGUGUUUUUGUGGAUCGACUACUUGUGGGUGCAGUAUUUGCGAGCGAGACAACACAAGAAAACUAAAGUCACAACGAGAGUUCCAGACGAGUUAGCACUCUCGCAACAAUCAUUUGAUAAAUCCAGGAAACAAACCCUUCAACGCAAUCGACUCGCUUUCGUCAAAGACUUGGUCUCAAUUAUCACAACCACCGCAAUCAUCCAGUAUAAAAUUUUACCAACAAUAUGGGAGGAAACCGACCCAUUGGGCGAACUAGACGAAAUCACUAGGAGUUGCAUGUGGUAUUUUUUCUACACCACUUUCCUGGCAUUCAUCAAUUUGCCGUUCACAAUCUACGACAGCAUAAUUCUCGAAACGAGCAAAAGCCCGGAAUUUGUGAUUUGGAACCAGCUCAAGAAUUUUGUAGUUGGACAGAUUUUUGCGGUCAUGCUUUGCUCACUUCUUAUCACACUGAUUAGGAACGGCGACCAGGUUUUUAUCACUUUUUGGCUACUCUUCUGCCUAGUUGUGUUUGUAGUGGGGAUAAGUUACCCCCAAAUGGCCCCCUCAAAGUACCGCCAGUUGUCCCCCCUUAAACCAGGCAACUUGCGGAACGAAAUCACAAACCUAGCCUUGACCUUGAGCUUUCCGCUGAAAGAAAUCUACAUCGAGGAGAGAUUCAGCAAAAAAUCGUGCUCAAACAUCUAUUUUUACGGCCCAUCUGACCAAAAAUCCAUCGUUAUUUUGAACACUCUCAUCCUGAAGGAACACGGAAUUGGGUGCACGAAUAACCAAAUCCUGGCUUUAAUUUCGUUCGAAUUUUCCCGUUGGCACUUCAACGAAACGUUCAAAUAUGUCAUAGUCCUCGAAACUAACCUUUUGUUGUCCUUUGCUGCUUUCCUCUUCUUGUUCAAGCACCCUCAAGUUUAUGAAAUUUUCGGUUUUGAGGAUUUUCACCCAGUUCUUGUGGGUGUUUACGUGGUUUUGAAGUACGUGAUGGUGCCUUACGCUUCGUUGCUCAGUUUUGGGUUUAUGUGGGUUUCGAGAGGGUUUGUGAUGCAAAAUGAUGAAUUUGUGGCACAGUUGGGGAAAGGAAAGGCUCUAAUUGAAGCUUUGGUUAGAUUGGAGGAAAAUAACGUCAAGUUUCCGGUCUGUGACCGGUUGUAUUCCAUGUGGCAUUACGACAAGCCAUGUCUGAUGGAGAGGGUUGAAGCGAUUAAGAAGGUGGAGGAGGAGAAAUUUGAGUAGCGUUGAGAAUUUUGAAGUAAAUAAAAAAAUUGUGAAAUUUUA